AUGACUAAAAUCUUUCUCACUGGUGCCACGGGCUACGUCGGAGGCCAAGUCCUCCACGCUCUGCGGCAGAGCAACCCUAAAUAUGACAUUUCCGUCCUAGUGAGAGACGCAGAGAAAGCCAGUAAAGUCUCUGCUGCGUAUCCUCGGGUCUGCAUUGUCCUCGCAGAUCUAGAUAACAGCGAGGUCAUGGAAGAUGAAGCGCGCAAAGCCGACGUUGUUAUUCAUGCUGCUAGCAACAAGCAUAUGGAAAGUGUCAAAGCUAUCGCAAAAGGUCUAGCAGGACGUCAGGAUGCAUACUAUAUUCAAAUCACCGGCGCUAGUGUCCUAGCAUGUCCCGAAAUCGACAACAACUCUUAUGGCGAACCCUCGGAUCAGAUCUUCGAUGACCUUGACAACGCCGAAAGUCUCCGGGACUUUAUCCGCGCUUAUAGACAUCGUCGGCCUGUGGAGAACUACAUUCUGGACUUGGGCUCUAACGGUCCUAAGACUGCGAUUAUCUUCCCCCCAAUCAUCUACGGAGCUGGACAAGGUCCUGUCAACCAACGAAGCAUUCAAAUCCCAUCCUUGUCCCGGGCUGCGCUGCAGCAGCGUGUCAGUUUAUACCUUGGCAAGGGACUUAGUCGUUGGGGUAUUAUCCAUGUCUAUGACCUGGGCAAAUUGUUCGCAGAUCUAGCACAAACUGCUGCGAAUGCUACCGAAGGUCCUUUCUGGAAUGAUAAUGGUCUUUACUUUGCAGAGAAUGGCAUCGAGAGCUUCAAGGAUGUGGCCUCGGUGAUUGCCAAGGAGGCGCAUAGCCUUGGUUAUCUUGACUCGGCUGAUUCAGUACGCUCGAUGACUCUUGAAGAGGCAAACAAUGUUAUUCCCCAUGGAGCCGUGGUCUUGGGUACCAAUGGCCAAGGAAUGGCUUCUCGGGCCAGGAAGCUUCUAGGAUGGCAGCCGGCUGGGGAAGAUUUCCAGAAGGGCGUGCGGAACACCAUUGUUGCCGAAGCAGCACAGCUAUAA